UUUAAAAUUGUUAUAUUUGAAAGUUUAUCCGUUUAUCUGUUACAAUACUACCAUGAAAAAGCCAUGAGCUGUUCCAUUACCAUAUUACCACAUUGUGAUAUUUAACCAUAUAUGCUCAUGACCAUCCAUCUAUAUUUGUAAUUUUCCCAUAAUGGAGUAUGCGUGCGGCGUUAAUUCUUUCCCUGUAUUCUCAACCAUGGGCAGAAAGAAGACCACGUACGAGCUGAUUACCAACGAAUUUGCCAGGAAAACCACUCUAAAGAAGCGAAAGGCUGGGCUGCUGAAGAAGCUGAGUGAACUGACAACCCUGUGCGACGUUCCUGCUUGCGCUAUAAUCUUCACUUCUUAUGAUGCACGGCCGGAUGUUUGGCCUUCCCAAGCCGAAGCGUGUCGAAUUCUCGAGAAGUUCGAGAGUUUACCGGAACAGCAACGAGGUAAGAACAUGAUGGACCAAACCAUUGUUCUCGAAAGAAACAUAUUGCAGUUGAAUGAUAGGUUAGAGAAACAACGAAAGAAAAACGAAGUGCUAGAGAAGGAACUUGCUUUGGUCGAAAGCAUGGCGGAUGAAAAUAACUGUGAUUGGAAUAAUUUAGAAGAGUUGGAAGAGUUGAGUUAUCAAUUGCAGUAAAAUAUUAAGUUCAUCUCCAAUAUGAUUAAGAAUUAAAAGGAGUUUAAUCAAGUU